UUUAGUACCAAAACUUUCAUUCAGUAACUAAACAUUCAUCCACAGUGAGCUGUACUGAUUACUAAUUAAAAAUGUUUGUGUUUUUCACUUUGCUGCAGCUGGCCGUUGUUGCUGAACUUGCAUAUGUAAGAUUCGAGGCUUGUGAUGCCAUGUACAAGCUGAAAGCAGUUCAAAUUGACGGUUGCGAUGAAAGGAUCCCAUGUUACGUGACAAUAGGACAAAACGUGUCGGUCACUCUGUAUUUUCAUGCCGAUUAUUUAUACCAAAACUUGGACCAAGACGCUUGGAUGGACCUAAAUGAUGUUGUUUCACAAGCAAAAGUUAUUCCUGGAACAUGUCAGACGAGCUACAAUUGUUCAACAGUAUCCACUAUGGACACGAUAACUUCACUUACUGGCGUGGUUACGGUGCCUGAUGACAUUCCAACGAGCGUACGUGGUUUCAUGCAUUGGCUCACAAAAAGUGACGGACAACCAUUGCUGUGUUACUUCGUGAGAGUAGAAACUCAAAGGACUGAACAGAAACGUUUGCGGGAUCUCUUCAAUUUAUACAAAUAUGACACAGAGGAAGUACCAUCUCCUGACAACGAAAAAUUGGUUAAUCCAUGAUUGAUAUUUACUGUAACGUGGACUAAUAAAUAUUAUGUACAAAUCCACUCAAUAUAGAUAUUAUAAUUUAGUAUUUUAUACGUAUACCUACUAUACAGUGCCGGAAUAAACACGUCACAACGGGCCCCACUCAAAAAACGACACCAUACUCCUCUCACCUCUACCUCUAUAUGAUAAAAUAAUGAAAAGGUUCUCA